CUGGGCUAUGUCGUCCCGGAGGGUUACCAGGGCUGUUCGGUUCCGCUGAGGCUUCUGGCAGUUGUAGUUCCGGCGCUGCGGUGACCGAGGCCGAUUCCGCUCAAGCCUUGCGAGGUUCCUGCAGUGAUCUUGGGGUGCUUGCUUGCCAGAGCCCUGCCUUGUCUCAAAGAGAAGAGAAAGAACCAUGACUAAGUUACAGGAGGCUGUGACAUUCGGGGACGUGGCCGUGGUCUUCAGUGAGGAGGAGCUGGAGCUGCUGAAUCCUGCGCAGAGGAAGCUGUACCAUGACGUGAUGCUGGAGAACUUCAGGAACCUUCUGUCAGUGGGAGGCCAGACUCCAAACAAGAUGGAGACUUUUCAUGUAACAGGAUUGAGGUGCCCUUCACUGGGGUGGCCUCCAUGCUGGCCAAUGACAAGCCACAGUGUCAACACACUGGUCAGUGCUUCAGAAGCUGCCAUAAAUACCCAAAGAAUGGUGUCUCACUUCCUAGAGUGCUGCCGCUCCUUCCAUGGGGGAGGAGAGCCUUCUCAGACCUCCGAGAAUGAUGGCUGUCUUGAAAGUCUCACAAGCGACCAUUCCAGCAGGACAGAAAAUCAGGAAUUUCUGUCUGGGAGAGCUCAGAAUUCUUGGAGUAAAACACAUUUUAGGGAGAGACAGAACAGUUGGAAACACUGUCCACAGACUCUGGUGAAAAAAAAGCCACGGUUGUUUGGUCAGGGUAUUGACAUUCUGAGUUGCAUUUCCCAAUACGACAAUAAUGUACUGCAUCAAAGAGACAAAGCUCACAGGAGCGGUGACUAUGGUAAAGUCAUCUUUCCCAUGUCACCCGUCACCCAACGUAGUGUGUGCACACAACAGAAGGCCUGCCAGAGCAGCAAGGGCCCAGAAACCAUAAUUGACAGCCUCAGUUUAGAGCUCCAUCAGCAGGUCCUCUUAGGAAAGGAGUUCCCUGAACCUAGGACACAGGAGGACAUCAGGCAAAGCUCCAGUGUCUCCAUUCAACAAAGUGCUCAUCCAGGUAAAAAGCGCUACUGGUGUCACGAGUGUGGCAAGGGAUUCAGUCAGAGCUCAAGUCUUCAGACUCACCAGAGAGUGCACACAGGGGAGAAACCCUUCACAUGGAACGUGUGCCAGGCACAGUUCAGCCAGGCCUCACACCUCCAGGCCCAUCAGAGUGAACAUACCCACGAGAAGUCCUACAAAUGCAACACCUGUGGGAAAGACUUCACCCGGAGGUACAGUCUCCAAGUCCAUCAGAGAAUCCACACUGGGGAGAAGCCAUUCAAGUGUGAGGAGUGUGGGAAGGAAUUCAGAUGGAGCAAGCUGCUUAGUGCUCACCAGAGAGUCCACACAGGAGAGAAGCCCUACACAUGCCAGCAGUGUGGGAAGAUCUUCCGUCAUGCCUCAAACUUCCACAGGCACCAGAGGGACCACACUGGGGAGAGACCCUAUACAUGUCCACAGUGUGGGAAGGGCUUCAGUCAGGCCUCAUCCUUCCAGAGGCACCAGAGGGACCACACAGGAGAGAAGCCCUACACAUGUCAGCAGUGUGGGAAGGGCUUCGGUUAUGCCUCACACUUCCACAUGCACCAGAGGGUCCACACAGGAGAGAAGCCCUAUGUGUGUCAGCAGUGUGGGAAGGGCUUCAGUCGGGCCUCACACUUCCACUCUCACCAGAGGGUCCACACAGGAGAGAAACCCUACACAUGUCAGCAGUGUGAGAAAGGCUUUCGUCAUGCCUCAUCCUUACACACACACCAGAGGAUCCACACAGGAGAGAAACCCUACACAUGUCAGCAGUGUGGAAAGGGCUUCAGACAGGUUUCACACUUCCACAAGCACCAGAGGGUCCACACAGGAGAAAAGCCCUAUGUGUGUCAGCAUUGUGGGAAGGGCUUCAUUCAGUCCUCAAACUUCUACACCCACCAGAGGGUCCACACAGGAGAGAAACCUUACACAUGUCAGCAGUGUGGGAAGGGCUUCUGUCAUGCCUCACGCUUCCACACACACCAGAGGGUCCACACUGCAGGGAAUCUUAUCGGAGGGACGCGAGAGUGGUUCCCGUCCGCUGAGGGAUUCUGGGAAUUGUACUUUCGGCGAGCUCCCUUCUGCCGACGCAUGCUGGGAAUUGUAGUUUCGGCGCUAGCUUCCUUGGCGGAGUUGCUGUGGGGAGGAGUCGAGUGUCCUGAAGCCUUAAGUGCUUGCUUGCCAGAGCCCUGCCUUGUCUCAAAGAGAAGAAGAGAAAGAACCAUGACCAAGUUACAGGAGACAGUGACAUUCGGGGACGUGGCCGUGGUCUUCAGUGAGGAGGAGCUGGAGCUGCUGGAUGCUGCCCAGAGGAAGCUGUACCAUGACGUGAUGCUGGAGAACUUCAGGAACCUUCUGUCAGUGGGAGGCCAAAGUCCAAACAAAAUGGAGGCUCUUCAUGCAACAGGAUUAUGGUGUCUUUCACCUGAGUGGCUUCCAGGCUGGCCAGUGACAAGCCAUGAUGUCAACAAACUGGCCAGAACUCCAGAAGCUGUGAUAAACAUUCAAGGAAAGGGUUCUCACUUCCCGGAGCAAUGCCACUCCUCCUUCCAUGGGGGAGCUGAAAAGCCUGCUUGGGCCACCAAGAGUGAUGGCUGUCUUGAGAGUCUCACAAACAACCAUUACAGCAAUACUGAAAAUCAGGAAUUUCUUUCUGGGAGAGUUCAGAGUUCUUGGAGUAAAACUCAUCUUAGCAAGAGAUGGAACCAUCAGAAACAGUAUCCACAGUCUCAAGUAAAAAACAAUCCACUGCUGUUGUCUCCCGGUGUUGACGUUCUGAGUUUCAUUUCCCACCAUGAUAAAAAUGUACUGCAUCAAAGAGACAAAGCCCACAGCAGCGAUGACUGUGGUAAAGUCAUCUUUCCCAUGUCACCCCUCAUGCAGCACGGUGUUUACACAGAACAGAAGGCCUACCAGUGCAGCAAGGACCACGAAGCCAUAAUUGACAGCUCUAGUUUAGAACUCCAUCAGCAGGUCGUCUUAGGAAAGGAGUGUCCUGGACCUAGGACACAGGAGGACAUCAGGCCUAGCUCCAGUGUCCCCAUUCAACAAAGUGCUCAUCCAGGGAAAAAGCGCUACUGGUGUCACGAGUGUGGCAAGGGCUUCAGUCAGAGGUCAAGUCUUCAGACUCACCAGAGAGUGCACACGGGGGAGAAGCCCUACCGAUGUGACACCUGUGGGAAAGGCUUCAGCUGCAGGUCAAAUCUCAAAAUCCACCGCCGAGUGCACACAGGAGAGAAACCUUACAAGUGUGAGGAGUGUGGGAAGGGCUUCACAACGGGGGCACACCUCCAGAUUCACAAGAGAACUCACACAGGAGAGAAGCCAUAUAAGUGUGGAGACUGUGGCAAAGGCUUCAGUUCUAGCACGAGCCUUCGCACCCACCAGAGAGUCCACACUGGGGAGAAACCAUACAAGUGUGAUGAGUGUGGGAAGUGCUUCAGCUUGAGUUCCAGACUUGACAUCCAUCAGCGUGUCCACACAGGAGAGAAGCCAUAUAAAUGUGAAGAGUGCGGGAAGUGUUUCAGUUCAGUUUCAAGCUUCAGAAGACACCGAGUGGUCCAUACAGGAGAGAAACCAUUUUGCUGCAAUGUGUGUGGGAAAUGUUUCAGUUUGAGCUCGAAUUUUCAAGCCCAUCAGAGAGUUCACACUGGAGAGAAACCAUACAGAUGUGAUGUGUGUGGGAAGGGCUUCACCUGGAUCUUGAGCCUUCACAGUCACCAGAGUGUCCACACAGGAGAGAAACCCUACAAAUGUGAGGAGUGUGGGAAGGGCUUUUGUCAUGCCCAAACUCUGAAGAGUCAUCAGAGCACCCACACUGGUGAGAAACCGUUCACAUGCAAUGAGUGCCAGAUACAGUUCAACCAGGCCUCACACCUCCAGUCCCACCAGAGGGUGCACACAGGGGAGAAGCCCUACAAAUGCAAAUGUGGGAAAGGCUUCAUCCAGAGGUCAACUCUUCAAGUCCAUCAGAAAGUUCACACCAGGAAGAAGCCAUUCAAAUGCAGUGCUUGCCAGAAGCAGUUCAGUAAGGCCACAAACCUCCAGUCCCACCAGAGGGUGCACACGGGGGAGAAGCCGUUCAGAUGUGAGGAGUGUGGGAAGGAAUUCAGAUGGAGCCAGGCUCUUAGUGCUCAUCGGAGGGUCCACACAGGAGAGAAGCCCUACACAUGUCAGCAGUGUGAGAAGAUCUUCUGUCAUGCCUCACACACCAGAGGGUCCACACUGGGGAGAGACCCUACAUCUGCAGCAUCUGCUCUAAGGGCUUCAUUCAGAGAUCACACCUCGUCUACCACCAGAGGGUCCACACUGCAGGGAAUCUCUAGGUUCUGCUGUCAGGUGGACCCCAUGCUGCUGAUUGUUAAAAGCUCCCCAAACCCAUAGGCUUCAGGAGACUUUACAGGGGCCUGUACUUUGGUUAUUUUUCCCAGAACUCAUUUUCCUACUGUGUUAAUUAUGCAAAGGGAAGAUAGUAUUUUAGGAUGAAUCUUCAAAGCAUACAAACAAAAUUAAAAAAAUGAAAGACACACAGAAAUGGUUUCUGAUUUCAUUAUAAAAGGAAGAAUUAGGAACAGAGCCAACAGAAAUCACUAUGCCUCACACUAUGCUGAGCUUAUGUCGUUAUGGGUAAUCAAUGAAGACUGGCAAAGAGCUUGUAGGAACUGUUUUGGAGAAAUUAACAAAAAGUAUACUCAGAGCAGGUGACUUCAGUUCAUAAAAAUAACUAAUUAGUUUCUCCUCCGUAUAGUAGAAAGAAGCACUUACAUUUUAUACUGGUGCAAAUAGUUGAGAAUGGCUGUCAUAAGUCAGAAAAAAAUAAAAAAAAUUCAAAGCCUGUAUGCUUUUGUUUAAAGAUCGUUGUAUGUCAUUCUUUUUUGUUUUGUUUUUUAAAAAGAUAGAUUUAUCAUGUAUACAGUGUUCUGUCUGCACGCCAAAAGAGGACGCCAGGUCUCACCGUAGAUAGUUGGAAGCCGCUAUGUGGUUGUGGGGAUUGAACAGCAAUUCCCGGAAGAGCGGCCAGUGCUCUUAACCUCUGAGCCAUCUCUCCAGCCCGUAUGUCAUUCUUAUGGGAUGCUUACAUUAGAUUUUCCUGAAAUUCUUAUUAUAGUUACCAACUCUCAAUAUUCAGGAAGUUGUUUUACAUAUAAAACUGCUGAACUUACUCAGCAUGAUUCAAAAUUAGCUUCACUGUUUCUUCAACUGCAGCAAGUGAUCAGAAGUAGAAGUCAUCCAUUGUAUAUAAUACAUCUGAUUCCAUAUGGGUCUCUCUGGCCCACUGCAACAUGGUAAUGAUGACAUUGAUCAGCUCUUGAUAGGAAAUGUGCUAGAAGCUUCAGAAUUUCAUAAGAAACACCAUGUUAACAGCAAAUGUUUAAAAAGUAUUUUUGUUGUUCUUGACAACAAGCCAAGGAAAUUAUAAGAAAAUGUCCUACUUGUUCUUUAUGUAGCCAAAUCCCAUUAUCUGCAGGGAGUAACCCAGAAGGUACCCAAAUAAGUGAAAUUUGGCAAAUGGAUGUGUUGUAUCUUUCAGAGUUUGAAAUUUCAAAUAUGUGCACCAUACCACAGACACAUAUUCAGUAUUUGUUCUGAACAGCUGAUUCCGUAAUUACACAUUUUGUGGAAAUAGGACAAUGAUGGGAGUACAUGAACCUAUUAAAACUGACAGUGCUCCAACAUGUCUCUAGGAAAAUGAAGCAUUUUUGCUUAUCAUAAUAUAAAGUAUAUUACACAAUCCUGCAUGAUAAUCAGAUGUAGAGUGAUCUAAUCGCACUUUAAAAGAGAUGCUUAUCAGAAAGGGAUAAUAAAGACUUCCAGAUUACAUAGUGCUUUACUAAAUUUAAAACAUUUUAAAUGCUAAUGAGCAAAAGCUAUGGCUGCUGAAAGAUAAUGGAUUAGAGAAAAAACUGCUGAAAUCAGCAGUUUUAUAUUUAUAAAUCAGCUUCUUUAUAUUAAUGUUGUACCAGCAUCAGAAUGGAACACAGGAAAUGUGUUAUGAUGGGGGAGAUGUUUUGUUUUUGUUUCAACAUAAAAAAAAUAAUAACAAAAAACUGGAUUCCAUCCAAAUGUAUAAAAAUGAAAUUUGAGGGAUACCCCUGAAGAUCUUGCCGCAGAUAUGAAGAAAGAAAUCAAGAGGAUCAACAACAGGCAACACAUACUGCAAGGGUACAGGUUUGAGACUGGCUGAGAUGUGAAAAUGUCUCCAGCCAGACCUUCAUCUCUGCAUUCUAUUUCUUGUUGGCUACUAAUUCCUCAGGAUUCGUCAUGCUAUCCUUUCUUAUGGCAUGUAUUAAAAUUCAUUACAGUUUGA